CUGACCACAUACUACUAGAGAAUAUGAACAUCAUAGCACGAACAGACGAAGAAUUAGGUGAUCUCACACACUACCUAUUGCAAUACGACUUUAAAAUUAUAUACGUCCCGAAGAAAGAUAAUGCAGAAGCGGACUGCUUAAGUAGAAACCCCGUGCUAGAUGCAGAUAUAGAAGAAAAUGAAGACAUGUUAAAAACGGUAAAUUGUAUUGAGAUUGAUGAAAUAAAAUUAGAUCAGAUAAAUAAUGCGUUAUUACAGAACAAGAAAGAAAAACUAAUAGAAAAAAAUGGAAUAUAUUAUAGGAAAAUAAGGAAGAAAGAGAAAAUAAUAUUAUCAGAGAAAUUCAGUAUUGAAUUCAUUAAGAAAAUGCACAAAGAAUGGGGCCACACAGUGAUGAUACAAACGAAAAUAAAAAUAAGCCCGUAUUAUACUGCUAAAAAUUCAGAGGAAAAUAUAAAAAAAAUAUGCAGAGAAUGUGAUAUAUGCGUUAAAAAWAAAUCAAGGGGACAAGGUAAAUUUGGAUUGAUGUCACAAUUAGGACCAGCGACUAAAGCCUUCGAAAUUGUGUCCAUAGAUACAAUAGGGGGAUUUAGAGGCACUCGAUCAACAAAAAAAUACAUACAUUUACUUGUCGACCAUUUCACAAGAUAUGCAUUUAUUUUAACAUCGAAGACCCAGAAUGCUAAUGACUUUAUAAAACUAGUCGAAAGUGUGCUACAAAUAGAUAAGAUCGAAACAAUACUAACAGACCAAUACCCCGGUUUACCACUAGGAGGAUAUAUAAGACGAAGAGUAGUAAUAUUAGUGACUAGUUACCAAAGUUCGUUACAAAGAGAUAUACUCAGAAUAAUAGAAUAAUAAAAAU